GGAUGGUGACUCUAUGGAUUUAAGAAGGAAGAAUUUGCACAAGAAACAAAGCCGUGCAAUGGAAGAUCACAGUUUGUCAGAGAGGAGGCGAAGGGAGCGGAUCAACUCGAAGUUGAGGGCCUUACAAGAACUAAUACCCAAUUGCAAUAAGGUCGACAAGGCAUCGAUGCUAAAUGAGGCUAUUGAAUAUCUGAAAGCCCAUCAGAUGCAAGUCCAAGUUAUGGCGUUUAUGUGCAUGCACCCACUACAACUGUCGCCAACCGGAUCGCAGUACAUAUCCAUGCCCUCAUUUUCACGAGUCUGGCCUUCGGGCCUGAGAAUGGCCAUAAGCAUGGGCAUGGGAAUGCGCAUGUUCGACAUGAAUUGUUCCUCGAGCCAUCCUUUUCUUCCAACUUUAGAAGCUAGUAUUCUCCACCCCUCAAACAAUUCAGGGGGCUCUAACAUGCCUUUGAUACCUGGAUUACCUAUUCACAUGCCUGGGGUACACACACAGCAGUCACCAGUGGCUAUGCCUUAUGGACCAACCUUUGCUGCUCCACCUGGAGUUUCCUCAGUGGUCAUCAAUAGACCUCCAUUGAUGAUGGUGUCGACUGGUAUGUUAGAUUCCGAGAAAAUCUCCAUGGAGACAAAUGAAACCAAUGAUUAUCCUACAGGGACUUUAAUUAAGCAUCACCUUUGAAUGGUCGUGGACGUCCAUAUACAGUUAACGGAAGGGAGUCGUUUGCAAUCACUCAUCAAGUAAGUUUCAAUUCAUUGGCGUAUUUGUGAGUAAUACACUACCAGAUGGAUGUGGAAGAAUCGAAUAAUUCAGCCAUGCCCAUGGGGUAAAGUCAGAUUUUGAAUAGAAACUACUA